UUAACAACGCCUGCCACUAACUUAGCAACACACCAGUUGGAUGCCAACGCUCACGCUUGAGUAGUUUGCAAACAAUUCUACGCAAAUUCUGGUAGGCUAGCAGUUUAACGCCACAAAGUUAUGCUCAAAGGUAGAAAAAUUUAAAAUAAGUAAUUUCGAAGCGGAAAUUAUGGAACUUACCAUCAUUUUCAUUCUAUGAGAUAUUUUUAUGUUAAAUACUGGCAAAUAUAGGGAGUUUGUUCCCGUUUUUAUAAAAGGCCGCAUUAGAUGACUCUCAAGUUAGUACAUUUAUUUGGUUUGGUACUUGUUUUUGUUUUCUUGCACCCGCUGCAUGGAAUAAAUGUUGAAGAGUUAGGAAACAAUUCAACUGCGGAAGUGAACUCAAAAGAAAAUGUGAAGUCAGUUUCAAGUGAUAAAGUUCACAAUGGAGGUCGAAAAGGACCAAUGAGUGGUAAUCAAAGUGGUCUACCUAUGCCUUUUGCAAUUCCGUUCCCUAUUAUUCCACACAAAGGUAAACCUCCAGCAACUAACCAAACAGAAAUAAACAAAUUAGGAAAAAAAAAAGAAAAGAAAAAGAAUAAGCAAAUCAAAAAUAAGAGAAUAAAGCAAAAGGUCAAAAACAAAAAUAAAGGUACUUCAACUGAAGCAGAAUCGCGAAAAAAAGUAAGUUUGGUAGGAGACAUAAAGAAACGUGAUACAGAAGAUACUGAAUAUAGUGAAAAACAACAUUUGACAGAUGAAGAAGAAGCUUUGAAACGUUCAUGGAUAUCUACCUCUGAUGGUAACGAUAUUCCCAAUACAGAAAGCGCUUACUUUGUUAAUAAUGACGAACUUAAAAAAGCCUGGCAGAAUAUUGGAAGUACCAAUAUACCGGGUGACGAAGGAGAGGAAUUAACAGAUGAGCAAAUGGAAAUGAUGCGUUCAUGGCUUUCAAUGGAAGAGGGUAUGAUACCGGACAAGGAAGGUGUUCAUUUAACUGGUAGGGAGGAGGAAGCAAAAAAAAAAUGGUUAACAGGAGAGGAUGCUAUCUCCGAUUAUCAUGCCGCUCAUUUAACAGACGAAGAAGAAAAAAUGAAACAAGAUUGGUUUUCUUUAGAUAAUGAAGGAAUUCCUGGAAGAGAAGGUGCCCAUUUUGACUCAGAAUUAAACUCUUUACUAGAUGAUACAGCUAAUGCAUUCUCCAUAAAAUUAGAAGAAGUAAAAAAAUCGGUCAAUCAAAACAAAAAUGCCGAUGAGACAACUUUAAUUGAUAAAAUUAAACAUAUUAGUAAAAGAGAAACUGAAGAAGAUGCUGAAAUUGACCUUAUGUUAGUAAAUGCUGAAGAAAUGGUUGACAGGAAAAUGUUUCCUCGAGAUGUUUCAUUCCAUGAAGAUGAAGAAAUAGCUCAUUUUAUGGGAACACGUGGUGUAAACGAUGAACAACCAGAUACUGUUGCAGAAGCUGAGUUGAAAUUAGAAAAUGCUAAUCGUGCUGCAGAUCAGUUGACUGCACUUGAAUUAAAACUUGGUAUUGACCCGGAACACUUAGUAAGCAACACUCAUCAACAUAUUGAUGAACUUCAAGAACAAAAAGCCAAAUUAGAUUCUGAUAUUCGUGAACAUAUUGAAAUGAGUAGUAACGCAGAAAGUGUUAGUAAAAAGUCAGAAAUAUCUCUAUCAGUAAAACAACAGCUUGAAAAAGAUCGUAGUAAAAUUGAUGAAAUAAAUACCGAACUUAAACAACUCAAAGACAUUGAACUAAUGGCAACAGGCUUAGAGGUAGCAAAAUAUUUAGCUAAAGAAAGAGCAAGACAUAACCUUGAAGUUGCUAAAGCUGCAGCAGCAAGGUCUGAAAUGCCGCCUAAACUAGUUGUACAAAAUACACCUCCUCAAGUCUCAUCUUUCUAUCAAAGACCACAGUUUUAUGGGCAGGUAGGACAACCAUUUCCACCUCAGCAACCUGUUUAUUCACAACCUAUAGGUGCCGUUCCAUUUAUUCCAAGUAUUAGUUUAUCAAGUUACAAUACUCGUCCAUUCCAGGAUAACCAUCAGAAAGGUGAGCAAAGACAUACAGAAAGUAGACCUGGAGCGCAACCCUCAUUGACGGAUUAUUUGUCUAAAUAUAUACAAACAAAGACUGCUGAAGAGAACGAGUUCCAUACACCAUCUGCUAAUUUUAAUUUUGCGCCGUCAUCUUCGCCUUCAUCUGUAAAAUACUUUAGUCAACAACAAUUACAAAACCCAAUAAAACAACAGUCGCAACAGCAACAACAGCAACAAGCGCAACAGCAACAACCACAACAACCACAAAAAUCACAACAACAAUCUCAAGUAUUAUUGCAAAGCAUUUCUAGCCCAAUUUCUCAAAUAAGUGCUUAUACAUACCAACCUGUUCAAAACUAUCUUGCUAGUGGCUUUGGUGCUAAUACAAUAAGAAAUCAGUUUCAAUAUCAAAAAUAUACUCCUGCUGUACUAGCGCCUGAGAUUCAUACUAACGCAGAAUCACGUGAUUCAUCAACACAGCCCAACGAUUUGGUAGGAAAUGAUCAUAUUGAUGUACAAAAAGAAAACAAAUCUCAAAACAAUCACAAUCACGACGAUGAUUGGGGCGCUAUGUGGUUUCCUGGUACAACUUAUUCUCCACCACCUACAUGGCUUCAGAACCAAAAUUUAAGAGGAGUAGAUCAGCGUUUGCCAAAUGGAGUACCACUUCAACAAAUUCAUUCUAUUCCAAAUGGAUGGCAGAAUUCUCUUUCACAUCCUCCUAUACCUUUUGUAAGACAUGAUUAUCCCAUAUAUGCUUCUGCACAAAGACCCUUUGAAGAACAUAAUCGUGUACAGCCGUUCUUUGCUACUUCUGAUCUUAAAAAUUAUGAAAAUAAAAUAAAAUCUCCUAUAUUUAACACAUUUUAUUCACCUCAAAACAGCCAACAGUUUGCGCAGCAAACAAGACUUUCAGGUUUAAAUAACGCAGCUUAUACUGUUAAUCAACCAUAUAUUACUACAGAUCAUAAUAUGGUUGCAGCAAAUUUUGUAAAUAAUAAAGUAACUGAUCUUCAAAGUACUUUAUUCCCUGAAAGAUUACAUGGAGAAUCACGACCUGGCUCUGCCAUUGUUAAUAGCUACGCACAACAACAACCACGAAUUUCCGUCGGCGAAGUUUUGAAUCUCUCACCACCUGAUGAAACUAUUAUUUCAACUACUCCUGCUCCGUCUUUACCUCCGCCUCCUCCACCUCCACCGCCACCACCUCCGCCACCAAUUUUCGGCAACGUACCACCUCAAUGGGGAGCAGUUAAUAUGGCAAGAUAUGCGGGUGAUGGUCUCGAUAGAAUGAGAGAUCAUCCAACUACAAAUGGUUCUGGAAACAAUGUUGCUACAAAAGGUUCAGAACAAAGUAGUCAACUGCUUAAACGUGAAUACCAAAAACUAGCUAAAGCAAAUCAAAAGUUACAAGACACUAUAAAGGCAAGUGAAGCCUUAACGCAUAUAGAAUCUGCUAUAGGUUUCGAUCCCGGUUCAAUAGCAAAAAUGGUAGAUUUUGUAAAAACUGCGGCAAUAAAAGAUGUUGAACUAUCAAAAGACACUAUAGAAAAGGACAACGAAAUAUUAAAAAAGAUACAACGUGAAACUAAGAAAUCGGUAAUAGCUAAAAAGUCUGAUAUUGAAGAUGACACUGCUUUAAGUCAUGCUCAAACAAAGCUAAAAACGGAUGAGGCUGUCCUUUUGGAUGCCGAAGAUCGUCUUGAAAAAAUUAAACGAAUGGAAAUGAUUGUUACAGAAGUUGAGGUUGCAAAAUUUAUUGCAUUGCAAAAUGCACGUAAUGAUGUUACCGGAGAGAAUGAGCGCAUUGAUUCAAUUAAAAGGGAACUUAUUUCAAAACCAGUUCAAAGAAGAAGCUUAAUAAAACAAAAAAAAUAAAUAAUCUUUAAUAUUGUUUUGUCACUCAAAUAGACAAAGAAAAAAAUAGUUGCUAACAGAUGUUGGGAAAACAUUAAAAUAAAUUAACGGCUUUAAAUUAACAAUUUAAACUCUAAUUGUGAAAAUGGAUCUUUUAAGUAUGAAGAAAACCUGACAAAGUUUUCACUUUUUCAAACUAAGACAAAAUAAAAAAAAGAAAAUUAUUCUACCGAUGUCGUUUUUAUAAUAAUUAAAUAAAAUAAUAUAAAAUAUUCUUAAAUAAAUCAAAAUGUUAAACAAUUUUACAUUUUUGGUGGUGUAUUACGAUUGUGUUUAAUUGCGUUUUUUAAAAACACAAGUAUUUGUUAAUUGUAAUUUAGUCGUACAAAUUGCAUGAUGUAAAUUUGUAGAUAUUUAUGUAUAUAUGCUAUUUAUACGUAACUUUACUGCAGUAAAAUUUAAUUGUAUGAAUUAAAAAAUAACUUAAUAAUAUUAAUUUUAAUAACAUUAUAUAAAUGAAUUUGAUGUUAAUUACAAUAAGUAGAUGAUACUUAAAACAAAUAUUAGUUAUCUUAACAUAAUUUCAAUUUUGAUUGUUUGUUUGUUCAUCGAGUAAAACUUAUUUGCUCCAUUACCAAUUGCUUACGUAGCAAAAACGUUUUCCUAUUCAAAGCAGUAUUUUUUUAUUAAUUAUUAGAAAUAAAUAUUCUCUUGUGUUUUUUACUUUUAUUGCUGUAUAUUUUUUAUUUAGUUUUUUAUAUUCAUAAUGGAAUGUGUCUUUUUUUAAAUAUCAUAGAAUAUAGAAGGUUGUAUUAAAACAGAAAUUAAUUUAUAUUUCGUUGUGAAAAGUUAAUAAAAAUUGUAACUUGAAUUUUGUGUAAAGUUUUGUUAUGUAAACAUGACAAGUACUUUGCUGUAGAUAAUGAGUGUAAUGGGUGUUAAACAAUAAGUGUACUGAAUUGCGAUAAAUGUGAUAA